AAUGACAAAUAAUGUGGUUUGGUGUGUGUCAGGUUACCGGGUGGGGGGUGCAAAUUUGUGGCCACACAGACUCAACCAGAUUGAUUUGUAAUCCUUCUUUUCUACUUUGAGUGUCCUGCAGAGUUGUGGAUACGAUGUUACAGACAAACUACGUUGAAGUGUUGUUCUGUUCUAUUCUCUUGGAGACCAUAGGCGAGGUCCACCAUUUUCUUUGACGAAUUAGAAAAAAAAAAGGGUUUAUGCACAAUUGGAAUGAAAAAUCAAUUAGAAAAAGUUAUUUAAAAUGAAAAAUCAUCCAUAAUAAUGCACUGCCAGAGGCCAUGGCAGCUUCCGCCAAUUUGUCAAGUUUCUGCCAUUACCAGGCUAAGCUGUUACCUGCACUUUCCAUCACCACCAACAACACUGCACAUCACAGAAUUUGUAUUUCCAUUAUAAAAAACAAGAAAAGAAAACCACAUCGCAAAAUCAGCAAUACUACCAACUGCCUCUCCAAUGAAACCUCCACAGCGACACUGCCGAUAAAGCAGUGGAGUAAAGCCCACGGAUAUCACAACAUGGACAACCAAGACCCACAAAGAACAGUUUUGGAUUACCUGACCAGUCUUGGGUUCGAGACUGGGGAGCUCGAAGAGUUACAGCUCCCCACCACAGUAGACGUGAUGAGAGAGCGCAUACAAUUCCUGCAAAAGUUGGGCCUGACUACGGACGAUAUAAACGAGUACCCACUAAUGCUGGCGUGCAGUGUCAAGAAAAAUAUGGUGCCGGUCCUCGAUUAUCUGCAGAAGCUGGGUGUCCGCAAGUCUGCACUGGCUGAUAUGCUGAGAAGGUACCCACAGGUUCUGCAUUCAAGCGUCGUCAUUGACCUCCAGCCGGUAAUCAAAUACCUGGGAGGUCUCGACAUUAAGGCCACUGAAAUACCUAGGGUUUUAGAGACUUAUCCGGAGCUUCUAGGGUUUAAGCUGGAGGGCACCAUGAGCACUUCCGUGGCCUAUCUGGUGAGCAUUGGCGUGAACCCCAGGGCGAUCGGUCCCAUGAUUGCGCAGUUCCCUCAUAUUCUUGCCAUGCGCGUUGGGAGGAUCAUUAAGCCCUUUGUCGAUUAUGUUGUAAGCCUGGGGAUGUCCAAGCAGGCCUUGGCUGGGGUUUUGGAGAAGAAACCCUAUGUUUUAGGGUUUGGAUUGGAGAACCAGGUGAAGGAGAAUGUGGAGAUCUUGCUUCGCUUUGGCGUGAGGAAGCAAGCGAUGGGUUCUAUCAUAGCACAGUAUCCGGAUGUUCUUGGGCUUGAAUUGAAGACAAGAUUGAUGUCCCAGAUGGAGUUUUUGGAUCGGAAUUUGGGGAUAGGGUCCGAAGGAUUUCCCAAGGUUUUAGAGAAAAUGCCGCAGGUUGCUGCACUUGGUCAAGAUCCAGUAUUGAAGAGAAUUGAGCUUUUGAAUUCGUGGGGAUUCUUAAGAGAAGAUAUGAGAAGGAUGAUAGUUGCAUGCCCCCAGUUGUUGGCCCUUAAUGUGGAUGUUAUGAAGCAUAGCUUUAAUUAUUUCAAAGAUGAGAUGAGAGGAUCCUUUCAGGAGUUAGUCGAAUUUCCUGCUUACUUUACUUAUGGCUUAGAAACCAGGAUCAAGCCUCGGUUUCGGAAAUUAUCUGAGAAGGGUAUAAAAUGCAGUCUGAGUUGGUUUCUGAACUGUAGUGAUCAGAGGUUUGAAGAAAGGCUACACGCUGAGUACAUUGGAAUUGAGGAAAUGGAGGAUGAAGUGCCAAAAACAGUAACAGAUGAAAGCUUUGUGGAAGAAGAGGAGGGGAGUGAAGAAUAUGAGGACAGUGAAGAUGAUGAGGGAAGUGAAGAUGAACUAGAUGAGAUAGCUUAUAAACGUCAUCUUUUUAUGUAGAUCAUUUUUCCAGCAAUGUGAGUUCAGGCAUGUAAUUCCACACUCAUCCUUGCCUGUUAGCCACAUUUUUUCUGUAACAGUUUUGCUCUUAACCCAUAACCACACAUCAUUCGUAUCAAAAUGAGAAAUUACUAAUUCUGAUUUUA